AUGGCGCCAGUAUUGGAGGUCAGCGAAACUACAAGCACCCAGCCCUCAAGUACCCAGGCUUCAUCGACCACAACAGACGCCGGGCCCGACGUCUCUAAGAGUGGAAAAGAAGGAAGCGGAGCGGAUAAAAAGAUGGGUGAUCGCGAUGGUCGGUCUUGGCAAAAGGGUAGAAAGGAUAACAAUCGGCCGAACAAAGGAAUGGAUGGGUUACAAGGAAAUAACUUUGAUGGUCGGGUUAGUAGCCAUCGAGAAAGCAUUAAUCGAGGUGGUGUUGAUGUUGGUAUCGGUAGAGAUAGGAGCAGUGGUCGCGAUGUUAGUAACGGAGGAAGCCGCGGUGGUCGCGAUGGUGGUAUCGGUCGCGGUGGACGCGGUGGAAACAACGACGGAACCAGUCGAGGGGGUCGCGACGGAAUCAAUGGUGGAAGCAGUCGAGGUGACCGUGGUGGUGGAAACGGUGGAGGCGUUGCCGGAGAUGGUAGCAGUGAAGGUGGAAGAAACGUUGGGAGAGGAUCUGGUUCAGGUGGCGGAAGAGGACAAUAA